CCUGAGCGGGUGCGCGGGCGGCUUCCGGUGUGGGUGACGAGUGGUGGCCGAAGCUGGGGGACAGCAAGGGACGCUCAGGCAGGGACCAUGGCGGACGGCGGGUCGGAGCGGGCCGAUGGGCGCAUCGUCAAGAUGGAGGUGGACUAUAGCGCCACGGUGGAUCAGCGCCUGCCCGAGUGCGAGAAGCUGGCCAAGGAAGGAAGACUUCAAGAAGUCAUUGAAACACUUCUCUCUUUGGAAAAACAGACCCGUACUGCUUCAGAUAUGGUAUCUACGUCUCGUAUCUUAGUUGCAGUAGUGAAGAUGUGCUAUGAGGCUAAAGAAUGGGAUUUACUUAAUGAAAAUAUUAUGCUUUUGUCAAAAAGGCGGAGUCAAUUAAAACAAGCAGUUGCAAAAAUGGUUCAACAGUGCUGUACUUAUGUCGAGGAAAUCACAGACCUUCCCAUCAAACUUCGAUUAAUUGAUACUCUGCGAAUGGUUACAGAAGGAAAGAUUUAUGUAGAAAUUGAGCGUGCUCGACUGACUAAAACAUUAGCAACUAUAAAAGAGCAAAAUGGUGACGUGAAAGAGGCAGCCUCCAUUUUACAAGAGUUACAGGUGGAAACCUAUGGGUCAAUGGAAAAGAAAGAGCGAGUGGAGUUUAUUUUGGAGCAAAUGAGGCUCUGCCUAGCUGUAAAGGAUUACAUUCGGACACAAAUCAUCAGCAAGAAAAUUAACACCAAAUUCUUCCAGGAAGAAAAUACAGAGAAAUUAAAAUUGAAAUACUAUAAUUUAAUGAUUCAGCUGGAUCAACACGAGGGAUCCUAUUUGUCUAUUUGUAAGCACUACAGAGCAAUAUAUGAUACUCCCUGUAUACAGGCAGAAAGUGACAAGUGGCAACAGGCUCUGAAAAGUGUUGUUCUCUAUGUUAUCCUGGCUCCUUUUGACAAUGAACAGUCAGAUUUGGUUCACCGAAUAAGUGGUGACAAGAAGUUAGAAGAAAUUCCCAAAUAUAAGGAUCUUUUAAAGCUUUUUACCACAAUGGAGUUGAUGCGUUGGUCUACACUUGUUGAGGACUAUGGAAUGGAAUUAAGAAAAGGUUCCCUUGAGAGUCCUGCAACUGAUGUUUUUGGUUCUACAGAGGAAGGUGAAAAAAGGUGGAAAGACUUGAAGAACAGAGUUGUUGAACAUAAUAUUAGAAUAAUGGCUAAGUAUUAUACUCGGAUAACAAUGAAAAGGAUGGCACAACUUUUGGAUCUAUCUGUUGAUGAGUCAGAGGCUUUUCUCUCAAAUCUAGUGGUUAACAAGACCAUCUUUGCUAAAGUAGACAGGUUGGCAGGAAUUAUCAACUUCCAGAGACCCAAGGAUCCAAAUAAUUUAUUAAAUGACUGGUCUCAGAAACUGAAUUCAUUGAUGUCUCUGGUUAACAAAACUACGCAUCUCAUAGCCAAAGAGGAGAUGAUACAUAAUCUACAAUAAGGGUCUUAUUGCCUUUAGAAGAGUUAAAAUUGGAAGUCAUUUUUUAAAAAAAAGACUGUUAUUUUGGUGUAUAUUUUGAGUUUUUUUUUUUUUUUUCCUAUUCUCAGCUCCCUUGUCUAAAAUUUUAAAAUAGUGAAUAUGUUUGAGGUUCCUUUUGACCUUUCAGUUCCCUGAUUACAUUGUUAACUUUGCAUUUGCAAUUGGUGCAAAAAUUUAGUACAUUUUAUUGUCCGAGUACGCAGAAAAUUGUCAUAAUUUUCCCAAAUGUUUUUCUCUCAUUGAAACCUUUUUAGCUGUUAUUUGUUUUCAUUCAACUAACAACCAUAUUAUAAUAAUAAAAGCAGUAUAUGCGUGUUUACUUUCUAUAGUUACCUCUAUUUCUAAACAAUUCAUGUGGUAGUGAUUUGACAAAUUUUUUUUAAAUAAAAUAAAUUCUGUUUAAAGCUAUCACUUAGUAGAAUAAAAAAGCAACAUAGAACAUACAGGAAUGUUUGGGAUAGAGUUGUGAUUUGUGGAGAAUUUGUAUUUUGGUAUUGUGGCAGAAAGUCUCCAGACUGAGUGUGUGUGGAGUGAUCUGGUGGGCUAUAUAGACUUACUUUUUUUUUUGAGUCAAACUGGUUUCAGUCACAGUAGCUUGAUUACUUUUACCCAGCUUCCUCAGACUUCACCAGUUAACAAAAUCAAAUGUCAUUGUGUUGACACAAGCUGUUGGGAGUUAAGUCCUCUUUAUAGGGGUAGUGACUUGGCAGGGGGGUCUGUCCCCCUCUCCCCGCUCUUCUUGGUAUGGGUUUAAAUUAAUACACAAAGCUGUUUUUAUAAAGCUUCUUUCUGGCUUUAACUUACAGGUCUAAUUAUAUCGUUAAUGUUCCAAAUUCAUUCUCUCUUCAUAGGAACUAAAGUUCCAUUAUAUGAACACUGGAUAACCUAAUUUUUAAAAAUGCUUAAUGACAAAAAGUCUUAAGGCCACCCUCAUGGUAAGUUUGGUAUAGUAUUAAAAUUUUUUCACAGAAUUAAAGUAGUUUUAUUGUCAAAAGAAACAUCUGAGAUCAAUUAAUUCUAGCAAAUUGUGGAAGUUUUUUUUUUUAAAUUUGAUUUAUUUCAGAAAAAAACAAAAAUGAAAUAGUGUUAGAAGGUUAUUUAAAAUGAUGUUUAAAUGAAGAAAGUGUGAGGUACACUUUUAAAAAUCGAAGUAAAAAACUAAGCGUUCUAGAAACAGCAUUUCUCAUAAUUAAUUUUCCAUUUAAUGGAAAUGUUCAUUAAAAUUUUCAUUCAAUGGAAAAUUGUCACUAAAUUUUACUAUUUCAUGAUCCCAGGCCAGGGGACAAUUGUGGGACCCCUAAUAUGCUCUGUAUUGUGAAUAAUGACAUACUAUUAAAGUAAUCUAAUUUAUUCUUUGGGAAUUUAAUGCACUGGUCACAUUAAUAACAUCAACAUCUGCUAUCACUUAACUUUAAAAAACCAAAAAUAUGGCAAGUUCAGAAACAGACAUUUACACUAACAGUAAGAAUAUGGUUUUAAUUUUCUCUUGAAUAAGAAAGAUAGAAAAUAAAAUCAUUUUGCAUUGUUUGUAAAUAAAGUUGGAGCUAAUUUGAAUCUAGCUUCUCAUUAAUUUCAUCUUUCCAGGAACUCAUCACCUUUGGUCUUGCCAACUUGGGACUGUUGGGAUGAAUGUGUUAAUACUGUAUAAAUCUCAAAUGUUCCUCCAGUCUGGUCUUUAUUUAACAUGCUCACUCUCAAACUAGGCUCUGUGUGUUAUGAUCUGGCGACAUUUGUGACUGUGUCCCAGUGACCAUAUCUCACUUGAUUUGAUUAGCUGCUCAUCAAUUUCUUGCUUUUUCCUGUCAAACAUUAACCAAGGAAACAUGAGUUAUUUAGCAAUUUCUUUUCUUAGCGUUACAAAAAAAUCCAUUAUCAUAAGAUAAUAAAAUAUUUGAGAACCUAAAUUAAUAGUUUUACUUUUCAGACCUCAAGUUGGCAUUCAUGAAAAGGAUAGGACUACUUUGUUUUAAGUAUAAAGAAGAUGAUACUUGAUUCAUUAUCAUUUUCAUUAGUGUACUUAACCAGCAAGAGAGGUGAUGAGCCAUUGUUUUUUUUUGAAACACCAUUUAUUUUCAUAUAAUUUAUGUUUUUAUUUUAGAGUUCAAUAGCUGUUUCUGUAAUUGUACUCAAUUUCCAUAUGCUUAUUAUUAAAUUAUUGAAAAAGUCAUUUUUAAAAUUCAUACAGUUCAUUCUAUCUUUCAUAAGUGUUAAAUGUAUGGUAAAAGUGCAUAUUUUAAAUUGUUUUCAGCUCCUGGAUAUAGCAGCAAUAAAAACACUAAUUUGUGGGUAUUUAAGAAAACCUGGAGAAUAAAUUCAAACUUUAAAAGGUCA